AUGGCGGCGUCCAAUGAUGUAGAUGUGGAUGUAGAUGUGGAAAUGGAACCAUCGCUAAAGAAUAUUGUUGGUCAGACAAGUUUAAAAUGGAUAUUUGUCGGUGGGAAAGGAGGUGUUGGAAAGACAACAACAAGUUGUUCUUUGGCAGUGCAACUCGCCAAAGUACGGGAGACAGUACUGAUUAUAUCAACCGACCCAGCUCACAACAUAUCUGAUGCAUUCAACCAGAAAUUUUCGAAGGUCCCAACACUGGUCACCGGUUUCCCAAAUCUCUACGCAAUGGAAAUAGAUCCAAACUUGGGCUUUUCCGAACUCCCAGAGGAAUAUUUUGAGCAGCAAGAUGCUAUGCACAUGGGGAAAGCCAUGGUUGGGGAACUCCUGAGUGCUUUUCCUGGAAUUGAUGAAGCUAUGAGUUUUGCUGAAGUGAUGAAACUGGUGAAUGGAAUGAAUUUUUCAUGUGUAGUGUUUGACACUGCUCCCACUGGUCACACGCUACGUCUUCUGUCAUUUCCAUCCGUCAUUGAAAAGGGGCUCGGCAAGAUCCUCCGACUUAAAAACCAAGUGGGACCAUUUAUAUCACAGAUGGCUGGUAUGAUAGGAAUGCAGGACAUGAACGCAGACGAUAUGUCUACCAAACUGCAGGACAUGUUGACUACCAUCAGACACGUCAAUGCUCAAUUUAAAAAUGCAGACGAGACAACAUUUGUUUGUGUGUGUAUAGCAGAAUUUCUGUCUCUGUACGAAACAGAAAGACUGGUACAAGAAUUGACGCGGUACGGUAUAGAUACCCACAAUGUUGUUGUCAACCAACUCCUAUUCCUGAAGAAAGGGCAAGAACCAUGUAAAAUGUGCAAGGCUCGGCACAAAAUACAGGCCAAGUAUUUAGACCAGACAUUGAUGUAUAACACGAGAUUGGAUGUACAAGUACAGUACAUGAUAUACAAACUGGAGUCUGAUAAGAAACAGAACGCACUGGAAUUUAGUGAGAGUCUGUGCAGUCGUUGGUCAAUGAGCAAAAAGCAGCUUUGA